UCACAGCAGAAAAAUGUUUCGCCCGCGGAUACGCAGUCGCUUGCUGGAGCGGUACGAAGGGCAACUUUUCCGACGGAGCGCCGUUGCUGGAUCAGAAGAGGCGAUGAUGAUGAUGAUGAGGAGGAGUAGGAGGGGAUAUGCGACGACGACGAAGAGCAGUUCAUUGAACAAGGCUCUUCCUUCUACUGGAUCUUCAUCGGGCUCAUCAUCGCCAAGAACCCCAACGACGACGACGACAUCUGCACCAUCCCAGACAACGUCGUCGCCCACAUCGACAGGUCCCUCAAGGGCAGUAGGAGGAGGAGGGCAAGGGGCAGAGGCAGCAGCAGCUCUCCGGACAGCCGAGAUGCGCGAGUCGGCCCUCCGCGCGGCGCGGCUCCGGCGGCUGGCGCAGCAGCAGGACAGGCUCGCCGAGGAGGCCAAGAGGCAGGAGGAGAAGAGGGAGUACAAGAGGCGGUAUGACGGGGCGGCGAGGAGGUGGGUUUCGACGAUUAUUGCGUUGCCGAUAUUGCUGGUUACGAGCUAUUAUCUUUUUGAUCGGCUGGUGCUGGGAAAGAAGCCGAAGAGUUUGGAAAAGUAUCGGGGGGAGAAGAAGGCGGAUUGA